GUAUGAGCCCCUGAUGUUGAGGAAGCCUGAUCGACGGCGCAGCACUACCCAGACAUGGAACUUUCGUGAUGGAAAAUUGACCUGUGGUAUUCAUGGACUUGUUGUCCAGGCAAAGGGAGGAAUAGUAGGUCUUCAUGAUGGAGCAGAAGUUGUUCUUGGUCCUGAUACCUCACUUGAUCUUUUGGGGCCAGUUCCACCUGAACAGCAGUUCAUAAACCAAAAGAUGAGGCCUGGGUCAGGAGUACUGGCUGUUAGAGUCAUCCCAGAUGGGCCAACUAGAGUUCUACAGAUAAUGGAUUUUAACCAACGUAGAAAUGAUCGUUUAUCCAGUGAAGGAGAUGAACUUCCCGUUACAGAACAGGAUCUGCGCAAGCUGAAAAACCCAGAUACAGAGCAGGAAUUAGAAGUGCUUGUGAAACUGGAAGGUGGAAUAGGAUUGUCUUUGGUCAACAAGGUUCCUGAAGAGCUGGUGUUUGCAAGCCUCACAAGAAUUAAUAUCCACUACACACAACUGUCAACAAGUCAGGUCCUGGAGCUCAGUGUGCAGGACAUACAGGUGGACAACCAGCUUAUUGGCACCACACGUCCUUUCAUGCUCUUUCUGACACCUAAGACAAGUGAAAAUGAAUCCGUGGAGACUGGUCCUGCUGUGCAAGUAAAUGCAAUGAAAUUUCCCAGUAAAAAUGCACUGACUGAUAUAUACAAGCACCUGAUGAUCACUGCUCGGAAGUUCACUGUUCAAAUUGAGGAGAAACUGCUUCUGAAGCUGUUGAGUUUCUUUGGCUAUGAUCAGUCUGAAUCAGAGGUUGAGAAGUAUGAUGAAAACCUCCAUGAAAAGGUUGUUGAACAAGGUGGAGGACAAAAGCGAUACUACUUUGAAAACCUGAAAAUUAGUGUCCCUCAAAUCAAGUUGAGUGUCUUCACUUCCAACAAGCUGCCUCUGGACCUCAAGGCAUUGAAAAGCACGCUGGGAUUUCCUCUAAUCCGAUUUGAAGAUGCUGUGAUUAAUCUGGAUCCUUUCACUAGGGUCCAUCCGUACGAAACUCAGGAGUUUAUCCUUAAUGACAUUCUGAAACACUUUCAAGAGGAGCUGCUUAGUCAGGCAGCAAGGAUUCUAGGCUCUGUGGAUUUCCUCGGCAACCCUAUGGGUCUGUUGAAUGAUGUUUCAGAAGGUGUUACUGGACUUAUAAAAUAUGGCAAUGUUGGUGGUCUCAUAAGAAAUGUCACGCAUGGAGUAUCAAACUCAGCUGCAAAGUUUGCUGGGACCUUGUCAGAUGGUUUGGGAAAGACAAUGGAUAACAGACAUCAGACCGAACGAGAAUACAUCCGCUAUCAUGCUGCAACUAGUGGAGAACAUCUCGUGGCUGGAAUCCAUGGACUUGCACAUGGAAUCAUCGGAGGACUGACAAGUGUAAUAACUUCAACUGUGGAAGGUGUGAAGACCGAAGGAGGUGUCAGUGGCUUCAUAUCGGGCCUCGGCAAAGGGCUGGUGGGCACGGUAACCAAACCUGUAGCUGGGGCUCUGGACUUCGCAUCGGAAACCGCACAGGCAGUGAGGGACACGGCAACUCUUAGUGGCCCCAGGACACGAGCAGAGAGAGUGAGGAAGCCCCGCUGCUGCAGGGGACCGCAAGGGCUCUUGCCCCGCUACUCAGAAAGUCAAGCAGAAGGACAAGAACAGCUCUUCAAACUGACUGACAACAUCCAAGAUGAGUUCUUUAUAGCAGUGGAGAACAUAGACAGCUACUGUGUUCUCAUCUCAUCUAAAGCUGUUUAUUUCCUGAAGAGUGGUGAUUACACAGACCGCGAUGCCAUCUUCCUCGAAGUCAAGUAUGAUGAUCUCUACCACUGCCUGGUUUCAAAAGACCAUGGGAACGUGUACAUACAGUUGACGAAGAAAGCUGUUAAUACCAGUAGUGGUGUAGCUAUGCCAGGCCCAUCACAACAAAAACCAAUGGUGAACGUGAAAUCUGAAGUUCUUGCAGUAAAGCUAUCUCAAGAAAUAAACUAUGCAAAAAGCCUUUAUUAUGAACAACAGCUUAUGUUAAGACUCAGUGAAAAUCAAGACCAAUUAGAGCUGGACUCUUGAACCUCUUCUUACUGUCAAAAUGAACUGCAGUUACUGGUCUGGAGCUGAUGGUAUUCUGUCACUAGAGAAAGUGCUAUAUAGUAAGGAAAUACAUAUGAUUGUAGUAUU